UACACAGCCACACCCAGUCCAGACCCUUUUGUAAUCAUUCUAGGUGGCGUUCACGUGAGGUUUUGACGUCUUGUUCCUUUACUUCCACAGAAGCAAAGGAUAAGCUGGCAGUGACAGCGACUGCUGCCCUUGCUGGCAAAACCGUAGCGAACGGCUACCUCGUGCUUGAUUUUCCUACACGCGACUUGUAAUUCUGAACGUUUACCUCGAGGCUGUACACAAUCGCCACAUCGUGGGUGUAUCAUUGAUACACCUCCUUAUUGGUUCUCUUUUACUCCAUGUCGAGCAAGAAUUUCAACGGAAAUCCACCCAAGUAUAUCAAUGACUUUAGCAAGGCGCUUGCCAGUGAAGUUCGGAUUCUGCUGGCAGAGGUGGGGAAACUGAGGGACGAACGACGGGCGCUGCAGUACGAAAUAGCCGAACUCAUGAGCGUCAAGUCGAAGCACGGCGCUGGAGGAGAGUACUCGCCAGAGUGGCAGCCGCCCUCCGAGCCGCAAGGCUUUGUCGCUCCCCUUCCCCCACCGGCGCCGCUGCCUCCAAUGGACGAAGGACCUCCACCUCCAGCACGGCCGGCAUGGCGCACGGUCCAUAAACGUGCGGAAAGGAAGGAGAAAGCAAUCGCAAAGCUCAUGCCAACCUCUGUCCCCGCGCCGUCUGCCGUUCCGCCUCUUGAGCCCCCACGACCAAACAUACCAGCAUGGGCGCAAUGGAGGCCGAACACUCUCCUCUCACCGGCGCCCGUCAUGGCAACACCAGCCGUGCCGCUCCCUACUUCUCCCCCACCGCCUAGCCGUUCAGGCCUUUUCGGGCCCCCGACUCCUCCCUUGAAGUAGACGGAUCUACAUUGAAACAACACAUCAACAAGCAUUUAUGUAACACCACCCCAUCUUUUGCUUUUCUAGAAACUUCUCAUCGGAUUUUCUACAACACAACAAGCAUUUUCUACACCAUCUUUCUGCUUCUUAUCGU